CCAAAAGUCUACUUAUCCACUCAUACUACAACCAACACUUAGCUUCUUCAAUGGCUUUAUCCUUUGCUUCUUUAACUAACUUCUCCAAGAUGCAAUCAGGGGUAUGGUACAAUGGAUCCAUCACAUCACGAGUCGCAGUUAGGUGCUGUGAAACAGGGAAAGAGCCUCCUCCAAAAGCAAAGCUCCAAGUCGGAUCACCAAUAAUCAUAGUGGAAGCCCCCAAAGUUAUAAAAACAGCCGCUUCGAUGCCUUGUCUUAGGGCUAACUCUGGCUUGAUCAAGCCUGGCGAUGUUGGCAGAAUAGUGUCAAGAAAACCAAAGGACUUGUGGGCAGUUCGACUCUCUAUUGGGACAUAUCUCUUAGAUGGUAAAUAUUUCAAAGCUUUAGAGCUUGAAGAGUGAGCUUUUAUAUGAGAUAAUAAUGUCAUGUAAAAUUUCAAAUUCAUAAGCACAAAUAACAAAACAGGCUGGUUCAAAUCAUAGACGCGCUUACAAAGAAAAAAAAACUGUUUAUUUCGUUGCGUCCUUUAA